GGAUCACUAAAAUUGACGUGUUUAUUGGGAAGAUUUUUGAGUUUAGUUUAAUAAAAUGUUUGUGAACAAUUUAUUAAUCCCUUGUCAUUAUGUUUGCUUCUGUAUAUCACCAGUGUUCUUAUCUGAAUAUCUUUGACAAAUCUUUAUGAGUUAUUGCGAUUCACAAUGGCAGAAAUAUUUCGUUCGGCAUUUGGUAUUUUUGGUAGCAGUAAAGCCACUGAAAGUGAUUUCGUUGGACAACGAGUUGACAUCGCUUCAACUCAACUACGAGUGAAAAAGUUAAUAGCAGAAGGAGCCUAUGGAUUCGUUUUUGUUGCACAAGACGUUGCUUCCGGCAAAGAAUACGCCUUAAAGCGUCUAAUGGCUGCCGAUGAGGCUGCAAGUAAAGCAAUAAUUCAGGAAAUAACAUUUAUGAAACGUCUUCGUGGUCAUCCCAAUAUUGUUCAGUUUUUAAACGCAGCCUCAAUAAGUGCAGAAGAAUCGGGAAAUGAUAUGGCAGAGUUCUUGAUUUUAACAGAAUAUUGCACUGGUGGGCAGUUAAUCAAGUGGUUUAAUGACCGUAAAGGAAGGAGAAUUCCCACAACUCAAGUUCUUCGAAUAUUUCAUCAAAUCUCACGUGCUGUAGCUCACAUGCAUAAACAGAAUCCACCAAUCAUACAUCGUGAUCUCAAGAUUGAAAAUUUACUGCUGAAUUCAAAGGGUCAGAUCAAACUUUGUGAUUUUGGCAGUUCAACAACAAAAUAUUUGUAUCCUAAUGAUGCUUGGACAUCAGUUGAACGAAGUCUAGUUGAAGAUGAGAUUAAUCUCAACACAACACCAAUGUAUCGGGCUCCAGAAAUGGUUGAUAUGUAUAGCAAUUAUCCCAUUACAACUAAAUCUGAUAUAUGGGCUUUGGGAUGUUUAUUGUACAUGCUGUGUUACAUGGAACAUCCUUUUGAAGAUGGGGCAAAAUUAAGAAUAUUGAAUGCAAAGUUUUGCUUGCCAGAAGUGGAUAAAGAAUAUGAUGUUUUCCAUAAUUUGAUAAAUAAAAUGUUGCAAGUAGAUCCUACUGAACGUCCUGAAGUAUCAGAAAUUGUAUCUGACUUAGAAAUGAUAGCAUUGUCAAAAUACAUUGAAUUAAAAGGAUCUAUUUUUGAUGCAGAAGAAACAACAUCAAAAUUGGAUGGUGGUGAUCAAGGACGUAAUGCUAUGUUUGGUGGGGUAGUUAAAGGAGCUGGAACAAUCUUUUCAAACAUUAAAGAUAUGUCAAAUAAAGUUGUUCAGUCAGUAGCUGGUUAUGUUAAAAGUGAUUUGGACAUUUCUUACAUUACAUCUCGAGUACUUGUGAUGCCUAUACCCGGCGAAGGAAUUGAAUCUGCGUACAAAAACAGUUUAGAUGAUGUUCAAGUAUUUCUUGAUACAAAACAUCCGUCUAAAUUUGUCAUUGUUCAUCUAUCUCAGAGACCAACGAAGUUAAAAGGAAAAAUUCUUAACUGUGAUUGGUCGUCGAAAAGGGCGCCAUCAUUGGAUAAAAUUUUUGUUAUUUGUAAAAAGAUUGUUACUUGGUUAAGAAAUGAUAAAAGAAACGUUGUUGUCAUUCAAUGUCAGGAUGGCAAACUAACAUCUGGUUUAUUGGUGACUUCGUUAUUCAUAUAUUGUCAUCUAUUUAUGUCUCCUGAAUGUGCAUUUGAAAUGUUCAAUAUACGUCGUCAAAAUAUGUCUACAAGAAUUGUACCAACGCCAUCACAAAAACAUUAUUUCAAUUACGUCACCCAGUUAAUUAACGACACGAAGACAAGACCUCAUAAAUAUUUUAUUACGAUAAAAUCCUUUACAAUGGAACCCGUGCCUUUGUUUAAUCGUGCCAGGAAAGGCUGCAGACCGUUUGUGGAAGUUUACAAAGAUGAUAAGAGAGUUUUGACGACUGCUCGUGAAAUUGAGCAAAUGAGAGAGUUCACUACAGCCGAUCAAAAGAUUGAUUGUAACCUUCCAUUGGAAAUUCAUGGAGAUGUGACAAUAUGUGUGUAUCAUGGAAGGUCAACAUUAGGCGGAAAAGUUCAAGGAAAACUCACAUCAAUACCUAUGUUUCAAGUGCAGUUUUAUACUGGUUUCAUUGGAGUAAAUGCCAAAAAGAUGGUUUUUAUUAAAGAAGAUAUUGAUGUACUUGAUCAAAAUAACGUCAAUAAGUUUGCAGAAAACUUCAGUUUUACGUUAGAUAUAGCCGUUGAUACCAGUAAAAGCAAUGACGUAACACACGCAUGGGAGUCUGGGGAGAAUGAAAAGGCUACUAGACAACUUUUAUUCACGUCAUCUGAAGAAUAUUUGCAAUGUCAAGAAGACUUUGUGCUUAGUGACGAUCGUGAAAUGAGUUAUAGAGAUCAGUUUGAACUGGAAAUAAAAUCGCGGCAUGGAAACACGGAAGCUAUGAAAGAUGACGUAAUUAAUACUGAUGAUACAGCUGCUACGAGUCAGGAGAAAAAACCUGUUUCAUUUUUUGAUAAACUUGACUGGCAAGAAAAGGCUGAACCGUCGAAGAAGAGCGAUAGUGAUGAUGAAUGGGAUACAUUACGAAGUGGAAACAUAACAAAUAAUGAUUCGAAACCAUUUGAUUUUUUUGGUGAGACGAAAUUAGAGAAUGAUGCGAAAAACGGUAAUUUUGAUCUUUUUAAUGUAAGGGAGAAAAAUACCUUUGAUAAUGAUGGAAGUGCAGAGGAGGAUUUAUUAGGUUUACACGACACUAUUGAUGACGAUGAAUCAUCCAAUGCUGAACAUCCGAAGAUUGAAGAACAAACGAAUUUUAAUCUUUUGAAUUUAUCCAAUGAUUCCAAACCUGAGGUCGAUCUGUUGGGAUUAAACACCGAAACCACUCAAGAAAAUACGUCAAAAAUUGAAUCUAAAGACUCGAGUGAUAUAUUCAGCCAUUUAACAAGAAAUACUCAAAAAGAUUCUAGUCGUUUGCCUCAAACAAACUUGGAACAAUCUUUUGAUGUCUUUAACAGAGAAAAAAGUGAAAAUAUCGAUGUAUUUGGUGUGUUCAAAACAAAUGUUUCUGACGCGCCUCUCCUUACUCCUCAAGUUAAUACUUCAUGGAAUCAAAGUAAAACGGAACCAAGCGAAUCAUCUUCUUACGAUCCUUUCGCUGAUUUAGGAUCUAUUGGGAACAGUAAUGGAUCAAAUCAACGCAAUAUAAAUAUUGGUGUUAAUUCUCAAAGGCGAUCUCCUAGUCCAACUCCCACUUUCACCCAAAAUAAAUACAAUUCACAAAAUGGAGCUCGUCAAAAUUCUCAGAAGCCAAACUACGCUCCAAGUUAUUCGUCGUCGUCAGCAUCAUCAGUUUUUGGAUCUUACGGUCUUCGCGAUGGUUAUGUGAAUAAACCUGUAAAGAAAGACGAGUUUAGCGAUAUAUUGAAUUCUCAUGGCUUUAAACCGACCUCAUCUGAAGCUGGCUCAAAUACGAUGAAUUCCUUGCGAAAGGAAGCUGAAAUUGAGGAUGAUCCUGUUAAAGCAAAGAUUCGUAGUUGGAGUGAUGGUAAACGUAAAAAUAUACGAGCCUUGCUUUGUUCGCUUGAUACAGUUUUAUGGGAAGACGAGAAACGGUGGAAGAAAAUAGGAAUGCAUGAACUUGUCUCACCUGAUCAGGUCAAAAAAUAUUAUAGAAAGGCAGUUCUUUCUGUUCAUCCAGACAAGCUAAUUGGUACACCCCAAGAACAUCUAGCUAGAGCAAUUUUUAUUGAAUUAAAUGAAUCAUGGACAGCUUUCGAAGAAAGUGGAGCGAAAGCACUGUAUUAAAAGGAAAAUUAAGAAAAACUAAAACUUUUCAUCCAAUGACUUAAUCAAAAACAUUCGCGCAGAAGUUGCAUCGUUUGAUUGUGAAGACUUGUGGACAUUUGCAGAUACUGACCUUGUGUCUAUGAGCAGCUUGAGAACAUAGUUUUUGGUAUCUACAACUGCGUUCGUGUAAUUAUCAAAUGUUUAUUCAAAGGAAAUAUGUAAUUUGAAACUGAAA